GUAGCGUUAUAGCGAAUCGGUUUGAUUACACUCGGUCCAACGACGACAGAUACAUGCCAAACGAAAAUAACUACACCUCACAUUCACUCUCAGGUCCUGGGGAACAUGGCGGAUACUAAACAUGGCUUUGCCGUGGCAUUCCGAUGCUAGCAGAAACCCCAAACAUGACAUGACGGAUCCCUUUCACCUACCCUUCCUCACCCCGCCACCCCGCCCCGCCCCGCUCCGGAUCCCUUUUCCACUAUCCGCACCACUACAUCCACGAUCAAAACACGGAACGGCCGAUCGUGUUGUCGAAGUGAGAAUUAUGGCAUCAGCUGUGAAAAAUAAGCCACACAGUGAAAUAGAUAGAUGGAUUUGUAUUUAUCCAGCUUACUUAAAUUCUAAAAAGACUCUGGCUGAGGGUCGAAAAAUUGCUAAAGAUAAGGCUGUAGAAAAUCCUACACAUCAGGAAAUUCGAGAUGUAUUAAUUGCUGCUGGAAUGAAGGUUGGAGUUGAGAACAAGUUGUACAGCCGUGAGCGCAGUAAAGAAUUGUUGUUCAGAGGCCGCAUUCGUGUUCAGCUCAAGAAUGAUGAUGGCACGCCUUUUAACUCUUCUUUUCCCACCCGUGAUUCUCUGCUUUUGCAUUUAGGGGAAAUGAUUCCCAAACUUAAAGCAAGAGUAAACAGACCAAGUGGAUCUGAACAAAGUCAACAACAGUCAAGCACAGGAGGAAAGAAAAAGGGCAAGAAGAGAUAAUUUGCAUUCUUUUCUAAUGAAAUGUCUCAUGUCUUCUUUUUUGAAAUUUCAUAUAUUUUCUAAUUACUUCAUGAAUGAACUCUUUGUUGGAUUUUAAACAAUAAACAUUAUAGAAGAUCUUCAUAA